CUCAACUCUCUUAAAUUAAGGACUUUGAAAAACACCCUUACAAUAAAUCCAAUCGAACCACUUGACACAAUGGCACCUACCCAAGACCCCGAAGUUACUAGCGCAGCCGAUGACCCCCUCGAGAAGGCUGAGGCGAAGAAGGAGAGCGGGCAAGCUCCUCAGGAUGGGCUCAUAAAGUCAGAGGCGGAACUGGAAGACGCCAUUGCGGCAACUGGAGGAGACCCAGAGGCCACUUCUGCUGCCGAUGACCCUCUUGAGAAAGCAGAGGCAGCCAAGGAGAGUAGCUAGGCUGGCAACUGGUUGAUGAUGUAGUCUGGUCGUCCAGCAUGUCGGCCUGUUUGUGAAGCUCAUCAGUUCUAAGUGCUUUGAUGUGAUCACACGACCUCGGUAGCUUCAUUAGACAAACGAGAAGUGGACACCAAAGAACAGCUUGAAGUUGCUCAUG